CAUCUCUGUAUUGUUUACGUUUUUAUAUUUGUUUUCAUGCGUGUCCCUUAAACGAUUUUUCCCCAUUUUUGCUAUUAUUAUUUUUUGUUUAAAUGCGUUAUCAAUUGACACAAUGAAUCUAGAAGAAGAGAGCCUUAAUUUUAUUAGCAACGGUCUCCAGGAACCGUUGCUUGAAUGCCGGCUCUGUGGCCAAUCGAGCAAUUCUUGUGUCGACUUGUCUGCAAUCUCUGAUAUCAUUCCUCUUAGUUUUAUCCACAAAAACAUUGGAAUUAAGUUAAAACUGAAUGACAUUUCCCCAAAUUUCAUUUGUAAGCAGUGCACAAUAAAAAUCACUGAUUGGCAGAAGUUUGUCAGAUCCUGCACGGAAGCUCAAUCAGUUGUCAAAGAGCGGCAAAAUUGCAGCAAAGAAACUGAACCUAUCCAAGUAAAUGGGAAACUACCACCUCAGGCUGCCGAAGAGACAACACAAAUUAAACUGACAGAAGUGAAUGACUCUCAUGCAGAGAGUAACCUCCUGUUAGCUUCAGAUAAAAAGUCCCGUUUCACACUAGAAUAUCUCGAGCAGAAGAUUGGCAGAGUUCUCAAGCCAGAAGAAGUUGACCAGCUGAAGAAGUUUAUAGAGAAAGGAGAUGAUCGGGGAAUAUACUCUUUCCUCUUUGGGAGCGGAAACAAUCAAACCUGGCCCUGCCAGCUGUGCAACGAGAUAAUCAAAGGGACCAUGAAGCAAGUGGCCAAACACUAUGCACAAGAGCACCAAGCCAGUCCUUUGUUCCCGUGCCAAUUGUGUGGUAAAGUCAUCAAGUCAAGCCACACCUACAAGAGACACCGGACGGCUCACCUGUCUGAAUACAAGUGCCCGUCGUGCGACAAAGUCUUUCAGGAUCGUUCCAAACUGCUCGCCCACAAAGUGGCCCAUUCAGACAGCCGACCUCACGUGUGCACCGAGUGCGGCAAGCAGUACAAGUUGGCCUCGCACCUCAAAUCACACAUGUCCCGUUCACAUUUACCCGAAUCCGAUCGGUUAGCAUUUACCUGCGAAAUCUGCGGGAAACGAUUCUCCGCCAAGGGCAAUUUGACCACCCACGUCCAAACGACCCACUCGGAUUCCAAACCUUACGUUUGCGAUCUCUGUGGCAAAGGAGUCAAGACUAAGCAAGCUCUCCAGUUUCACCUCAAUUCGCACAAUGGUGUCAAGCAGUUCAGCUGCGGAAUCUGCUUCAUGUCUUUCACGUCGCGGUCCAGCAUGGCCUCGCACACACGCCGACAUACGGGAGAGAAACCUUACCCCUGUAAACAGUGCAGCAAGACUUUCACGUCCAGUUCGGCAAGGAGCAGCCAUCGGCAGCACGUUCACGCCACGUCACGCCAACACGUUUGCCCUCACUGCAGCAAGUCUUUCAAAGUCCUACGUGACUUAAAAGUUCAUUUGUCUAUUCACACGGGAGAGAAGCCGUACGUGUGUGACACUUGCGGUAAAGCGUUCCGAGUGGCUGCCAAUUUUUACGCUCACCGUAAGACUCACCGUAAAGUUGUGGAGAAAAUAUCGCUGGAUGCGGCCGUAGCUGAAAUUGGCCAAUUUAUCGAGGAGCAGCAACAACAGGAGGAGCAACAGCAGCAGCAACAGCCGGCCGAGGAGGUGGAACAAAUUCACACGUUACAAAUGGCCCAGCCGAGAUUGAGCGACGCCCUGAGUCAAGCCAUCGAAGAGCAUUUGACUCAGUCGUGCAUGGUGGUCGGUGGAGAUUUCGGCAACGAUCCAUCGGCAACUUCUUCCAUGUUGAACCAGUUUUCGGCGGAAGUUGGGGCCACAUCAGACGGCCUUGACUACGCCACCAUCCAUCCGGAUGAACAAUCUUCCACUCCAGGCUAUUUAAAGUCGAUCCUGAUGGGUCAAUUUGAUGACAAGGAUUAGCUUCUAAACAUUUUCCGCUUACAUUCAAAUGAUUUGUAUUACACUUAGCUAAAGCUACUUGGAUAAUUCA